CAAAACUGGGCCCAGACGUUCGUGGCUCACCCGGAACUCUUCUUUCGCCCCAAGAGUGAGCGCGAAUUAAGAGAUAUCCUACGUGCUGCACAGACGGCUGGUCGCCAUGUGACCGUCGUUGGAUCGGGACACUCUCCGGGCGAUAAUGUCUGCACGAGCGAUUACCUCGUGUCACUGGAUCAUUUCAGUGAUUUGAUUGAAGUGCGCCAAGAUACGUUACAGGUCAAGGUGGGUGCUGGCAUGCGGCUCUACCAGCUACAUAGCCAUCUUCAGGCGCGUGGGCUGGCAAUGGAGAAUUUGGGCUCCAUUUCAGAUCAGUCCAUGGCGGGCUUUAUGGCCACAUCCACACAUGGAUCAUCUCUGAAGCACUCAACGCUCUCGCAGCAAGUCGUCGCAUUCACAAUCAUGCUUGCAGAUGGAACAUGCAGGGCUUGUUCUAUGAAGGAGAAUGAACGGCUCUUUCGAGCUGGGCUCGUGAGUCUCGGUGCGCUGGGCGUCAUCAUCAAUGUCACACUGCAAGUCACCAAGGCCUUCGAUAUUCGCGCAACACAGACAAUCGUGCCAUUCCAGCAAAUGAUCAGUACAUGGAAAAGUGACCAGUUAUGGAAUCAAGCAGAGUACGUACGCGUCUGGUGGUUUCCCUAUUCCGACAAAGCUGUUGUUUGGGCGGGCGAUCGCACUCAGCCAGACGUGAAGAAACGACAUACACCCAAGAGUUGGAUGGCUUCUGAUUUAUGGGCUUACCACAUUAAUCAAGCACUCUUGUAUGCUGGACGCUUUGUGCCCAGUGCGAUUCCGGCGUUUGAGAGACUCGUCUUUGGCAAGCAAUGGGGAACCACCCUUGGCAAGGUUGGCGAAUCCAUCGAACAGUCCAACGUUGCUCUCAACAUGAACUGUCUCUUUAGUCAGUAUGUCGAUGAAUGGUCUGUGCCCCUCGAAAAGGGACCCGAAGCAGUGGAGCGACUAUCACUUUGGCUCCAAGGCAAGCACGAAGAAGCAGGCAUUCCCUUCUCCAGCGAAGGUAUCUACGCGCAUGCUCCUAUCGAGCUUCGCGUAACAGCAGAAGACAAGGACGCUUACAUCUCAACUGCACAAGGAGGACCCGUCUGCUACAUUGGUGUCAUCAUGUACAAACCUUACCAUUCAGCAAUCAGCUACCGGCGGUAUUUCGAAGCAUAUGAGUAUCUCAUGCAAUCUCUAGGCGGUCGUCCACAUUGGGCAAAACAACAUGCCAUGACACCCACGGAUCUGAAGCAACGGUAUCCGCACUUGCAAACGUGGUUGGAUGUGCGUGCUGAGGUGGAUCCAGAGCAGUUGUUCACAACAGACUACCAUCGUCGGCAUUUGCUC